AUGACCACCACCGAGGCAGCGACGGGCGCCGAGCCUCCCAAGAAGCUCCAUGGACGGGCAUUUUACGAGAGCAUUGGGAGUCCCAAGUUUAUUGUGGCUCCCAUGGUGGAUCAAUCUGAGUUUGCCUGGCGAAUGCUCACACGAUCCUUCUUGCUGCCCUCGGAGCAGUCUAAGCUUCUAGCCUACACGCCGAUGCUUCACGCGCGACUGUUUUCACAAGACGAAAAGUAUCGAAAGGCACAUUACCAGGCUGUGCGGGCGGGAUCCUCAGAACCCUGGCUGGACGGAAACCCCAAGAUCGAUCGGCCUCUCUUUGUUCAGUUCUGCGCAAAUGACCCCGAAGCGCUGCUUUCUGCGGCGAAACACGUAACGCCGUACUGCGAUGCUGUGGACUUGAACCUCGGAUGCCCGCAGGGCAUUGCGCGGAAGGGCCACUACGGAGCGUUUCUCCAAGAAGACCAGGACCUCGUCUUUCGACUGAUCAACAUAUUGCACAAGGAGCUCUCCAUCCCAGUCACAGCUAAGAUUCGCAUUUUAGAGACAAAAGAGAAGACCCUGGAGUACGCAAAGAAUGUGCUGAAUGCCGGAGCUUCUAUUUUGACUGUGCAUGGCCGAAGGAGGGAGCAAAAGGGACAUCUUACUGGUGUUGCGGAUUGGAAGAUGAUCCGAUUUCUAAGAGACAAUCUGCCACCAGAGACUGUGAUUUUUGCAAACGGAAACAUCCUGCAAGAUGGAGAUCUAGACAAGUGCCUGGAGGCCACUGGAGCGGAUGGUGUCAUGUCAGCGGAGGGAAAUCUCAGCGAUCCCGGCCUGUUCGGCAAUCCACCACCCGCCGACGAGAAGAGCAGAGAUUACUGGAGAGGAAGAGACGGAAAGGGCGGAUGGCGAGUCGAUGCCAUCACGAGGCGCUACUUGGACAUCAUACACAAAUACGUCUACGAGGUAGACCCUCCGCAGCGACGACCGCUCUUCGUACCAGGCGACGACACCGCAUGGUUGACAGAAGGCGAGAACAGCAGCUCAGAAGACGCAGACGAGCCAGCAAAGAAGAAGCGAAAGAAGGAGGACGACAAGGCUCUCAAUUCGUCCCCUAACAUCUCCGCCCUGCAACCCCAUCUGUUCCACGUCCUCCGCCACUUCGUCACCAAGCACACCGACAUCAGAGACCAGCUUGCAAGGGCCCGCAGGGACGGCAUCGACGGCUACGAGAGGGUCCUCGCCGCCGUGGAGAAGAGGGUCGCCGAGGGCCUGCUGGAGUACGAGAAGACAGAGGGCAAGAGCUUCGAGGAGGAGCUGGAGAAGCUCAACGAGCGGGCUAUUGAGGGUGUUCCGGAGGAGGAGAGCUCGCUGGGGACGAUCAAGAGGUGCAAGCGCCCUUGGUGGGUGGCACAGCCGAUUAUUCGGCCGCUGCCAAGCGAGGCGUUGGCGAAGGGGGCUAUUACGCUGAAGAAGGAGAAGGAAAAGGGGGGCAAGGAGAAGACUGAAGGCAAAGAGAAGAAUGAGGACAAGAAGAAGAAUGAGGGCGAUGAGAAGAAUGGGAGUGAACAGGUUGAAGCUAAGGAGGAGACGGAGGUAGAGCAACAGACGAAGCAAGAGAUUACAUCAAGAGAUGAGCUCGUCUCUGGAUGA